GUCACAAGACUUAGACAAUGACAAGUGCACGACCUGAGCACAGACGAGGAUAAAGGCAGAGGAGGAAAUAUAGAAAAAGUACAGAAUAAAAAAACAAUAGAGGAGGAGGAACUGGAUCUUAUAAAAAAAUGGAUAGUUUGAUGAAAACCAUGGCUACAGCUCGCAUCAGGCGUUACUCCGACGCGAUGACACAGCCGGACUCUUUCAUCCAACGCCAGCAGCUGGAUGCCAGCAUGGCUGACACCUUCCUGGAGCAUCUCUGUCUGCUGGACAUCGACCAGGAGCCAAUCACAGCGCGCAACACCAGCAUAAUCUGCACCAUCGGUCCUGCAUCCCGAUCGAUCCCCAAACUCCAAGAGAUGAUCAAGGCAGGAAUGAAUAUUGCUCGUCUAAAUUUCUCUCAUGGCUCACAUGAAUACCAUGGUGAAACCAUCAAAAACAUCCGAGAGGCGGUGGAGACGAUAACCCCUGACCCCUUGUAUUAUCGGCCGGUUGCCAUCGCAUUGGAUACGAAGGGACCAGAGAUCCGCACCGGAUUAGUGAAAGGGAAAGUGGAGGAGGAGGUGGUGCUGGAAAAGGGCAGCCAUGUCCGUGUGGUGACAGCAGAGAGUGACAAAGACAAGACAGACGGGAAGAUUAUCUGGGUGGACUACUCCAGCCUGCCCAAAGUCCUCAAGAAAGGAGGCACGAUCUACAUCGAUGACGGUCUCAUUGGACUCAAAGUACUAGAAACAGGCUCUGACUGGGUGGAUACGGUGGUGGAGUCCGGUGGGCUGCUGUGCAGCCGUAAAGGCGUUAACCUCCCUGGCGCCGACCUCCUCGGCGUGCAGGCGGUCAGCGAGCGAGACGAGGCCGACCUGAGGUUUGGGGUGGCACAGGGUGUAGACAUGGUGUUCGCCAGCUUCAUCCGCUCCGCCCAGGAUGUCAAAGAUGUGCGGCGAACUCUGGGGGCACACGGGCGAGAAAUCAAAGUGAUCAGCAAGGUGGAGAGCCGGCAAGGGGUCCAGAACUUUGAAGAGAUCUUGGCUGAGAGCGACGGCGUGAUGGUUGCCAGGGGCGACCUGGGGAUCGAGAUCCCGGCAGAGAAAGUCUUCAUCGCCCAGAAGAUGAUGAUUGGACGCUGCAACUCUGCCGGCAAGCCCGUCAUCUGUGCCACACAGAUGCUUGAGAGCAUGGUGGCCCACCCACGGCCAACCAGAGCGGAGGGCAGUGACGUCGCCAACGCCGUGCUGGAUGGAGCCGACUGUGUCAUGUUAUCUGGGGAGACCGCCAAGGGACUGUUUCCUGUGGAGGCAGUCGCGAUGAUGCACUCGAUCUGCAGGGAGGCAGAGGCGGCCAUUUUCCACCAGCAGCUCUUUGAGGAGUUGCGUCGCCUCACUCCUCUCUCCUCUGACCCCACAGAGGUCACAGCCAUCGGAGCUGUAGAGUCCUCCUUCAAAUGCUGUGCUGGGGCCAUCAUAGUCCUCACCAUCACUGGCAGGGCGGCACAUCUCUUGUCCAGGUACCGCCCUCGCUGUCCUAUAAUUGCCGUCACCAGAAGCCCUCAGGUGGCCCGUCAGACUCAGCUGUUAAGAGGAGUGUUUCCUGUCCUCUUCCACCCGCUGCCUGCUCCCGUCUGGGCCGACGACGUAGACAACAGGGUCAACUUCGGCAUGGACAUAGGGAAAGCAAGAGCAUUCUUCAAGUCGGGCGACAUGGUGAUUGUGGUGACAGGCUGGAUCCCAGGGUCUGGUCACACCAACAUUAUGAGAGCAGUCAAUGUCCCGUAACAACCCGACCUGACUUGACCGUAAAUGUGACUGACAUGCUGACGUAUAAACCUGAAAACCACCCCUUUUUAAAUUAAAUAAUAACCACUGUCACUUACAGAUUAACAGCAUCAUCAUUGUUAUUUAAACUCAAGGUUAUGGUAGGGAAACACUUGCCACUGGAACUGGUCUCAUGAAUGUUGAAUGUGUGUCUUGAAAGCGAUGACUCCCUCCAAAUAAAACUUGAAUUAAGUUUAA